AUGAGCGUGUGGUUCCUGGGAAUUCUGCUGUUGGGAAUUCUGGGUGUCUGGGACCCCGCAGUUAAUGCUCAAGGCGCCUUUGAGGACUGCUGCUUGUCCUACCACCAUAGAGCGCGUCUGACUCAGUUCAGACAUGCCAAGGGCUACACUCUCCAGCAUGUAAGCGGAGGCUGUAAUCUGCCUGCUGUGAUCUUCUAUCUGCCCCAGAAGAUUCUGUGCGGUCACCCCAGAGCUAAGUGGGUGCAGAAAGGGAUGAGGUUUCUGGAUCACCGGAAGAGAGUUCAAGGUCAUCACAUUGGGCCUAGGAAGCUGAAUCUCAGCAACACCAGACCCAAGGUCCACAUAGUCAAUUCAGAAAGAGUCAGUUUGGACCCCAUCCUUGCUGAGAAGCUGGAGAAGGGGUGA